AUUCUGAAAAACAUCAUAAACUCUUGCGAGAUUUGAGGUUGAAUUAUGAAGAACUGGAUAAUCGUCAUUGAAUAUGAAAGGAUAAUUGGUGGUGCCAGGUUAUAGCAUGCAUUUCAGCCCCCAGGUCUAUCAUUUCCAGGAUUAUGGAGUGAAUACAGUGCAGGAUCUGAUCAGGCUUGUCAGGCUCACAUAACGUCUUGUCUAAGCGGGUCUCAUCCGCAGUAUUGUAUGAGGGUUUUGUUCACACUUCCGGCAUUCAGCCAGCCGUUUAUCAUCACACCGUCGUCACUGUGUGCUUUGCAGAGUUAUUCCUGGAUGUCAUGCUGCCAUGUUUUGUUUUGCAGCAGCUGAAAAUACCACCUGACCUCACUGGUCACGGGCUUAAGAUACAAUCAGCAUUGUUUUUGAUUAGGGUGUGCAGAAGAUAUUACCGUGUUGUUUACUACUCCCCACAAGGUGCUUGGCUGGUAAAGUGACCUCUUUAUAGACACUUGUAGGCGCAAACAUUCAAACAGCUGUUGAGGCAUCCAGGGGAAGGGUGUCAUCGCUGAUAUGUGAGUAUGUGUGCUCCUGGUACAAGGGUCACCUCUGUCGCAGCUGUCUUGGGGGUGCAGGCUUGCUAUACCCCACAGACACAAACACCCGCUCUCCAGCAUUCAGCACAAAGCCAUAGUUUCUUCAGUGCGCACAUGUGUUGCACAUCACAGCAGACGCACUCACUGAGGCACCCGGACGGGCACACGACAUACCCCGCGCUGGCCAACUGCUCGCUCAGUCAAACAUUUCAGCAUACGAGGCCAAGAGCAUUUUGCCUGACUGAAGUAUUUCGUCAUUUAAUGUGAUCGGGUUGAGGCCUUGGAAUAAUUAGUGAUGGAGUUUCUUUCUCUUGUAACUAGAAUUGAGAUUUCUCAGAUUGAGACCUUUUGAGAAAUGGCAUUGUGUCCCUUUUUCAUUUAGACAUUCCUGGGAAGCGCAAUCUGAUACAUAGAUAUGUAAGAGGAGCAGCUCUGACAGUUGGCUUAGCCUGACUACAGCAGUUGCAGCCAUGAUCGUUUAUGCACAUGCAUCAGAAGAAAAGUGUGGGUCAAUAGGACCUCUCCCCCCUAGAGGAACAAGACCGGCCAUCUGCUGUUGGCCACAGCUCUCACACACGCCCCAAGCACACAUACACGCACACAUGGACACGUCCUUCCUCACUGCCAUAUACCCUGCCCUACCCCCAAACCUCUGUAUAUGCAUGGCCCCCAACCACAUGUCUUUUUUGCGCUCGCUCUCUCUCUCUCUGCCGCUUUUUGCCGUCUUUCAGAGUGGGUUCAGGCUCCAAACAUCAGUCAUGGGUGUCUGUGUUCUCCAGAUGGACUCUGGAAAUCUUGACUCCCUUAGGCCACAUCAAAGCUAGUGGGUAGAUUUCAGCAGGAGGCUGGUAUUCACUACGGUAAUAACAGAAGUCGGCGUGGCUUAAGUCAAAGACUACAUCGGUAAAUAAUUUGGCUGGAGAUGCCUUUGUGUCUCUCUCUCGCUCUCCGAUCGCUGUGUGUACAAUCUUCGUACUCCACAGUGAAGGCGAUGACUUGGAGAACUGUCCUGAGCUCCUCAGUCUCCAUUGUCUGAGACACAGUUGGAUGUUUUUUUUUAAAAACAGUUUGGAGUCACAGUGAAUGAAGAGAAACUGCGUUUUUGUGGAUACUGAGGCUUUUUGCCAUCCAACCCAAAGCAGAAGAUGUACUGGGAACUGUGGCUGAGUCAGGUCACAGCUAGUGCUGCGUUGCAGUGCAUGCUGGUCCGGAACAAAGGUGGGCAUGUGUUGAAUAAUAGAUACUGGAAAGAACAGACAAUAUACAGCUGCAUUGUUUGAGACAAGAUUUCGGUUGUGUUUACAGCCUUUGCUAUGAAAGCAGAGAGCUUUUCCCAUGUAGACUGUGUACCUGCCAAAUUAUGAAGGCUAAGAAAGGGGAAAAAGGAUCAUUUCUUGAUGAAUUUCUGCCAGCUUUGUGUGUCUGUGAUUAAAACAUAAUUGCCACUCAGUGUUUUAAAUUUGACUGGACUGCUCUGGUGGAAACGCAGCGUUUUAACAUGGUUUAACUAGAUAAAGCUUUUUCCUUAAUCUCUCAGGCUUAAUUAAAAUAUAGUUUUUCAUCAGAACCUCGUCUACCAAAAGAAUUGUGAACGUCUGGGCUGUCUGUGAUUGUUCUCCCAUUUGCUGGUUUUAGAGUUCAGUUUUACAGCCAAUAUCAUGUUUUUUAUUCUAGAUUUUGUGUUUGUAGCAUGACAGCAGUUGUGUUUUUGUUAGUUUUGCAGACUGCUGAUAUUAGAAAUAAAGAGCAAAUCUGUUACUCGUAGGAAUUUAUCAUUGUUGCAUCAGACGCAUCAGGCAAGAAUUUAGAUGGUCUCUUAAAAACUUGAGUCCCUUUUGUACUUCCUGUGUAAUGAGGUUGACUGGGAUCUUCCAGGAAUCAUGACGCUAUGGUGAUGAUUGGACAGUAGAUGGUGCGUGUUGUGUCAUCUUGAACAUAACCUGCAUGUCUGUGGUCAUGUCUGUGGUCUCAGUGGCAGUGCUGUUGCAUGGCAGGAUGGUCUGUUUCAGUAAGUAGUUCAAAACAACCUCUAAGUGCCAACACCGAGUCGGUUCAAACGAUGGUUUAACAGGACAGUCUGGUUUGACAGUCAAAGUGACUUUAGUGACGCUGAUCCCAGAGGAGGAAAUCUGCUAUGAAUCAGCUAGUUUCUUUGUUAAACAUUUGCCUGUACAUGUAUGUGGUAGCGAGAGGUGACAUCAUGUGUUAUAUCACUUCCAUUUAUUCUGCUGCCAUCAUUUUGGGGUUUUGUAUUGUUUUGUUUAUAAACAUAAAUCAGUAGUGAAAUCCUAUAGGUUAGGAAACUGCAGCCUCCAGAAUAAACUCAUCUGACUCUGAAUAUGACUCAGAGUUUAGGGUUAUUGCUUUCAGUUACAAUCUGUGUAUGUUUGAGAAAGCAAUGCUUUUCUCACUAAUUAAAAUGUAAAAUAACAUUGUGCAAGCAUAUUACAUGGAUUAGGCGUUGGUCUUAUUUAACAAGCACAUUGUAUAUGUUUAAAGAUGAACUAUACAAUCGGGGGUUACUCGAUCACUUUUGGCACACGACUUCCAUCCUCUUUAUGGCAAAAACAUGCAUGUAGCAGCUUCUGUUUGUUUUCAGUUUCUUGUACUGAUGUGACUUUUCUUUAUCCUGCUUCCCUUCAUUCCCAAUCCUCUCCCACUCUUUAACCAGCUGUCCAGACAUGCAGCAAUGUUGGGAGCAGCUGUAGAGCAUGUACGUGUUAGCUACGCAUGUAUUCAUUUCUGUGCGUGUGUGUGUGUGUGUGUGUCAUUCAGCCCUUCUUUAUGUGCUUUCCCCUCCCUUUGGUUUAAUAGCUCCUCCUCUUUUUUUUCCCUUCAUAAAUACAAAUGCAAAGACACUCCCAUCUCAGAUUGUACCUGGUCCACAGCAGGCCUGUUUGUGUAGCUAGAGAUAGGUGAGUUAAGGAGAGUUGGCCGAGUGAAGUGAUGCUUCUGAGGUGCCUGCAAGCAAGCAGCAGUUUUGAAGAUGAGUGGGCUGCUUUGAGUGGCCAAAAACUCCGCACAGGUUUCAGACUGGGGACUCGACCUCGAAAGACAGAAGCUCUGACAGAGGCGGUGCGCUGGAGCUCCAAGGAGAACCUUCUGGGCGCGACCGAGAGCGACCCUAACCUCUUUGUUGCACUUUAUGACUUUGUUGCUAGUGGAGACAACACACUCAGCAUCACCAAAGGUGAGAAGCUGCGUGUGCUGGGCUACAACCAGAAUGGAGAGUGGAGUGAAGUGAGGUCUAAAAACGGUCAGGGAUGGGUUCCCUCCAACUACAUCACACCGGUCAACAGCCUGGAGAAGCAUAGCUGGUACCACGGGCCCGUUUCCCGCAGCGCUGCAGAGUAUCUGCUCUCAUCACUUAUCAAUGGCAGUUUUCUGGUGCGAGAAAGCGAGAGCAGCCCCGGACAGCUGUCCAUAUCUCUGCGCUAUGAGGGCAGAGUGUACCACUACCGGAUCAACACAGCCACGGAUGGAAAGGUGUACGUAACAUCCGAAAGCCGCUUCGCCACUCUAGCGGAGCUGGUCCAUCACCACUCCACUGUACCUGAUGGUCUGGUCACCACGCUGCACUACCCUGCACCCAAAUGUAACAAGCCUACAGUGUACGGUGUGUCACCCAUCCAUGAUAAGUGGGAGAUGGAGCGCACAGACAUCACCAUGAAGCACAAGCUGGGAGGAGGCCAGUAUGGGGAGGUGUAUGUCGGAGUGUGGAAAAAGUACAACCUCACUGUGGCUGUCAAAACACUAAAGGAAGACACCAUGGAAGUAGAGGAGUUUUUGAAAGAGGCAGCAGUUAUGAAAGAGGUUAAACACCCAAACCUCGUUCAGCUGCUGGGUGUGUGUACGUUAGAGCCUCCUUUCUACAUUGUGACCGAGUAUAUGCCACAUGGCAACCUACUGGACUACUUGAGAGAGUGUGAACGCGAUGAGGUGAAUGCUGUUGCGCUGCUGUACAUGGCAACGCAGAUCUCCUCUGCCAUGGAGUAUCUGGAGAAAAAGAACUUUAUACACAGGGAUCUCGCAGCAAGGAACUGCCUGGUCGGUGAAAAUCAUGUCGUGAAGGUUGCCGAUUUCGGCCUGAGCCGGUUAAUGACCGGUGACACCUACACCGCCCACGCUGGGGCCAAGUUCCCCAUCAAAUGGACCGCACCGGAGAGCCUUGCCUACAACACCUUCUCCAUCAAGUCCGAUGUCUGGGCUUUUGGAGUGCUACUUUGGGAAAUUGCCACUUAUGGCAUGUCUCCCUACCCGGGUAUCGAUUUGUCUCAGGUCUACGAUCUCUUGGAGAAAGGCUAUCGCAUGGAGCAACCUGAGGGAUGCCCGCCCAAAGUUUAUGAGCUGAUGAGGGCAUGCUGGCAGUGGAGCCCGUUGGAUCGACCUUCGUUUGCAGAGAUCCACCAAGCCUUCGAAACGAUGUUUCACGGCUCGAGCAUUUCUGAAGAGGUGGCAGAGGAGCUCUGUAAGACAGCAUCCUCUGAUCACAGCGGGCCGCUGCAGUCUUUCAGUCAUGAUAUGCCCCUGUUGCCUUCCAAAUCUCGCCCACUCCACAAGCACACAGAAAACAAGGAAAACAUCGAGGGUGGACUGGACGGCCGCACCGACCACUGCACGCACGGUCACUCAGGUUGGGCGUCAUCUUUGCUCGGAGGGGACGGCCGAUCAGGCAGCUCCCCCGCCCUCCCCAGAAAGCAACAGUCAAGAGAUAAAUCUCCCAGCAGCCUUUUAGAGGAUGCACAGGAUGUGGGCACAUUUACACGAGACCGCAAGACUGGCUUCUUUAGCUCAUUUAUCAAAAAGAAAUCUUCCUCGUCACAGUCUUCUCAGCACCAACAGAACCUUCCGAUGCCACCCAAGAGAAGCAGUUCCUUCCGGGAGAUGGAGACACAACCUCACAAAAAGUACGAGCCUACACCCGAUUUCAGUGCUCCUCCUCCCCUGCCCCAGUCAGACAGUUUAGGGGGCUUCUCUGCGUCUCCUUCCCACUCACAUGGGGAACCUAUCCAGGCACAGUCUCGCUGCUGCGGGGCAGCUUUUGGACAGAAACCCUCUGGGGGAGGCUUUGGUUCACAGGUGACAAGUGGCAGCAGUUGGAGUGGGCUGGCUGGCUUUUUUACCCCUAGACUCAUUAAAAAGACCCUGGGGCUACGGACAGGAAAGACAUGCUCCGCAGACGAGGGUGGAAAUAUAGUUGGUGGGCCUAAACCUUUCCCUAGGUCCAAUUCUACCUCCUCAAUGUCAGCUGGGCUGCCUGAUUUGGAGCGCAUGGCUCUGACGUUACCCAGGAACCGCAGUGCUAAACCGCCUCUGGAGAGGACUGCCUCAACAACCUCUCAGCCAGAGAACGGGGCUGCACGACCGUCAGAAACUCUGCUGAGGAGGAUGGAUGAGGGGACUGCACAGAUCAGGGAAAGGCCCAAAGCCAAGCUACUACCCCGGGGCACUGCUGUAGGGGUGAGGGCACCGGGGGUCGGGGGGGAAGUUGGGGAUUCGGACAGCCUGUCCCGAGUCAGGGAGGGUAGAGAGGAGAGUGGAGGACUGGACAGGCAGCAGAGUUGGACAUCUCCCUCCAAGUGCUCGGGCUUGAGCAUGUCAUCAGCUGCAGCAGGUGGGCCGACUCACAACCACAAAGUCCCAGUGCUGAUCUCUCCCACACUGAAGCACAGCCCAGGUGACGUGCACCUGGUCGGGCUAGACUCUCAGGGGAACCGCUUUAAACUGCUGUCUGAGCACCAAGCAGACCGAGACAAGCCACGCCUCGUCAAACCCAAGUGUGCGCCGCCGCCUCCCCCUACUCUGCGCAGUCUGCAACACUCCUACAGCGGCGACGGAGAAGAGCAAGUCGGAGGAAUGCCCGUGGAAGUAAAUGGGGACACAUUAAAAGGUCAAAGGUCAGGGCGAAUGUCAGGAGGAAUGAUGACAGGCAGACCAUCAGUGCCACCACCGCAAGUGCCUCCAGCUUCUUCCUUUUCUUCUUCUUGCUCUGCCACCACAAACACAACGCCCACUAAAAUGGCCAAUGGGGCGACCACCACUGCCCCCUCGCACACAGCACUGUCUGCUGGUUCCAAAGUGGCACUGCGGCGAACUAGGCAGCAAGUGGAGAGGGCGCCCUUGGAGCGGGUUAGCCGCGAGGCCUUGCUGGACUGCGCGGAAUGCCUGAGCAGCGCACUCCACGCCAGCUCCGAAAGCCCCUCCAGCAGCCAGGUUCUGGACGCUGGCCAUCAGCUGCUAGACUACUGCUCAGGUUAUGUGGACUGCAUCCCUCAGAUGAGGAACAAGUUUGCCUUUCGAGAGGCAGUGGGGAAGCUGGAGCUCAGCCUGCAGGAACUGAGAGCCUCGUCGUCAGGAGGUGGGGGGUUGGGUGGCGUGGGGUCCAACACUGUACUGGAUAACCUACACGGCUGUAUUAAAGAGAUUAGUGACGUAGUGCAGAGGUAGCCACCGUAACGCCACAAAUCUUCACCUCUAACUACCCAACAGGUCGCUUUGAUUCCUUUUUUAUGUUUCAGGUUCUGUUGACAGCUUUCUGGGGACGGAUGGAGACGCACCUCUGCAGUACCUCACACUAUCACUACAAGAAAUAACUUCUUUUUUCUUUUAAAUUGUUUACAAAUCAGUUUGAUAAAAUGCCAGUGUGGACACUAAUUUUCCUCUAACCUGUACAUAUUGAGAAAUAAUCUACCAAACUAAAUUCAAGUCGCACCAUAAAACGUUUCAACACAACUUUUUACGUGGCCUUGAUGUAAAGGCGUCCUUGCUGCCUGAAUGUCGAGUGUAUCAGCUGUGUGUAGGUAAAGCUCACUCUGCUUCCCCUCGAUUUAAACUCAAGAAUUGUUUUACAAAUAUGUAAGUGUACCGUUUUCCUCUGUGUCUGGAGAACCAAGUGAUCGUGAGCCAUUUCGGAAACUACAUUCAUGUGAACUCCUUCGAGGUACGAGGGGUGGUGGGGGGUGUUCUCAUAGCCCAGUUGGACAAGUGUAAAAAGGUUAUAAAUAACACCCACACCUGCUUUGUCCCUUGUGUGGGGUUAAAGUCUGGUUGCUUUUGUUUUGUUUUUUCAAUAGUAACCGUGAAAUUUCCACAUGUCCACCUAAUCAUAAUAAAAGUUUUAGCGAUUGCCUACAAAAGUAAACGUGUGCAUUUCACAGAUAUUCCCCACAGCACUGACACAUGAUGAACGAACACAGAAUUUGUCUUUGCUUCAGUGACUGAUGUCCACACCUUAACGUAGUGCCACAAGAAUGGGGAAUCUCCCCAGCCCCUUAAAGCAUUUCAUUAUUCGUGUCCAGUUAUCCUCGCACGCUGCUUCGUUGUUUUGCACGAUGGAGCUGAAACACGUGGAGUGAGGAAAGAGAGAGCACAGGGUAGCACACGAGCAGGUGAACUGGGACAGUGUUUUUAUAAGUGUCCUUGCGAGUGUGGCCAGUGCUGGAUUCCCUGUAGCCUAGUCAUGGCCUCAGUGCCUCAUUCUUCAGUGUAAGAACGCUGCGAAAUGCAGAGACCUACUUCACACUAAUCACACAGUACUGAUCUCUCAACUAACUGCAGUAUGUCUUCAGCACAUGAGCAAUUUGUACAUUAUUUGGUUCACAGAAAAAUGCUUUUUAGAAUGUCUAUGUAUGAACUUGAAUUUUAAAUUAUUGUUGUUUGGGGUUUUUUUAAAGCACAGACCUAUUUUAAAAGAAAAGCUAUGUAAAUAUUUGACUUCUUUCAUAUCCAGCAAUCAAAAGAUUUAUCUGUGGUCACAGCAUAAAAAACAAUGUUUCUGACUGAAGAGAUGUAUUUCAAGGCCCAUCCACCCAGAUCUGAUUAUCUGCUUUAUGAAUGUAUUCUUCUGUUCUCAACCUGGUUGAAUGUUCAACUGCGUGUCUCUUCAAUCCCUUAAGGUGCCAUAUUCUUUUUUCCAUUUAACUUACUAGCCCAUACUUUGUUUCGAUCACACUAAAUAAGUCCAGAGAUAUCGGCUCUGUUUUUUGAGCACAAGCAGAAUUGUGUACAGCACAUACACAACUUGUAUUGUUUUCCUUUUUGUUUGUUUCCUUGCUUUGGUUCUCAUAUUUAUGUACACUGGAUACGGCCUCGAUCUCAUUGGUUCAUUGACACAUGCUCUGUACAUGUAAAAUUGUAAACACUGCUGCAAGUCCGUAACACUUUUAAUGCCUUUCAAUGGCAUGUCUUUUUUUUUUUGUGGUGCAUUUCAUCCUUUAAUUUUUCUUCUUAUUGUGCGUCAGUAAAAUUGCCCUUUUUUGCCAAACAGGAUGCUUUUAGACCAGCUGAUUUUUGUGCAUUUAAAAUAACAUGAAAUGAAAAAUGCCACCUUUCUUCACAAUUCUUGGUGCCUUUUUGUGAAACAACUUGUCCACUGCGAGGACUCACAGAAUGUUCAAGUCCCUCAUUAAAACUCAUGCGUAUGUUUCGAUUUCAAUGACAUCGUUAUAAUCCUGUCACUGCACUGUCGGUUUCUGUCAUUUGGAGGUUAACGGCCCGAUGCCAACAUGUGCUGUUUGGCCAUAUUGGACAUUUGCCAGUUGGUGUCAGCAUUUGUAAUAAAUGCAUUAAAAUUUAGAAGAGAUGUGAGAAACACCCUUCAACCACGUUAUGAAUGUUGAUAUUCUAUAUCUUGUCCACCAGAGGGUGCUCUGCGAAUUUCAUGUUGGCAACACAGCAUAAAUAAAUACAUGAACAGAUUACCCCAAUAAAUGCUAAGGAAAUAUUUUUAGUUCUGUGUGUCUGAAAGAAAGAAUAUUGGAUCAACAAUUGUAUCAGUCGGACUCUAUUUGGAAAAUCUGGAACUAAUGGGGUUUAUUUGUGGCUGUUAGCGCUGUUAGUCCGGUCACACAAAUCUGCCUGAUCUGAUCACACUUCAGUCUAAAACCUUUAGAACUGACUAGCACCAGAUUGGCCUUAGUUCCUCUUUACUUUGUGUGAAUAGGCCUUUUUAGAUGGUGAAAGAAAAAAAUCCUGAAAUCACGCAUUUCUUUUCCAAACAGUUUUAUUUAUUUUUAUUUUUUAAGGAUUCAAUCGUUGAUUGUCAGCAAACUGAUUUCGUACCAACUCACAAGCCUGAUCUCAAGACCAAUGCUGUUUAAUAUUUAAGCCUGACCACAACAUUUUUGCUCAUUCUCAGUCCUUUACAUUGACUUUAUUUAUGUUUUUUGACUGCAUUGAUCCUGUAGAUCUGUUUAUUUUGUCUUCUCACGUCUCCCUGUUGUGGAGUACAGCUCUGGAGAACGUGCGUACGUAUCAAUAUACCAAAGGCCGCGUCUUCAGUUGUAUGAGUGCAAUGUAAAAUCAACACACAGACACACCGUAAUGAAAUAUGUGAAACUAAACAGGGAUGAAAAAUGGCAGAUGUUAACAUUAACUUUUUUAUUGUACAAAAUAUAUAUUUUGUGUUUUGUUUUUUUUAUUUAAAGCUCACAUUAUAUUACUGUGAAGUUUUGCUUAUCAGUGUUAAGCCUAUUGUAAAUAAUAAAGAUAUUGAUGAAUA